UCAAUUAGCUGUUAUCAGGUCCUGUGUCUUAGCACCAGUCCUCGCAAAUCUGCGUCCGUUCAGCAUCAGGAUGGCUGGAAGUCUGGGGAUGAACUGGAGUUAUUUGUAAGGAUGUACCUGCGUCAUCACAGAUGAAUCCUUUCUACCCUUCCAUUGAGGCAAAGUAAUCGCAAGUUUCAGUCAGCAGAUAUUUCACUGCCUUUUCUGACUCCUUAGGAUGGAUGUUUUUGAGACAUAUCCAAACGGUGUGUGGAAUUCUUUGAUUCAUUUUUGAGGUACGAACAACCUCUGAAAGAUCCUGUAAAAGGAUAAGGAGGAACCUCUAUGGGUAACUCUUGGCUGGAAGCAAUUAUUGGUCAACCAUGGUAAAACUUGCCAACCCGCUUUAUACGGAGUGGAUUCUUGAAGCUAUACAGAAAGUUAAAAAGCAAAAGCAAAGACCAUCUGAAGAGAGAAUAUGUCAUGCUGUUUGUGCUUCCCAUGGAUUAGAUAAGAAGACUGUUUCAGAACAGCUAGAACUUAGUGUUCAAGAUGGUUCUAUUCUUAAAGUUACCAACAAAGGCCUUGCAUCCUACAAGGACCCAGAUAAUCCUGGACGGUUUUCAUCUGUUAAACCUGGCGCUAUUCCUAAAUCUGUUAAGGGAUCUAGAGGAGCUUGUAAUGAGCUUCGUAACGUGGAUUGGAAUAAACUCUUAAGAAGAGCAAUUGAAGGGCUUCAAGAACCAAAUGGCUCCUCCCUGAAAAACAUAGAAAAGUAUUUGAGAAGUCAAAAUGACCUAGCAAAUAUUUUCAACAAUCCUGCUUUUCAGCAGAGAUUGCGUCUAGGGGCCAAACGGGCAGUGAACAAUGGGAGAUUACUGAAGGAUGGACCUCAAUAUAGGGUGAAUUACGGCAGUUUGGAAAGCAAAGGAACUCCCAGAUAUUCCAGUGCUUUCCCAGCUUCUCUUCCACCUGUCAGCCUUCUGCCCCAUGAAAAAGACCAGCCACGAGCUGAUCCCAUUCCAAUAUGUAGCUUUUGUUUGGGGACGAAAGAAUCAAAUCGUGAAAAAAAACCAGAAGAACUGUUGUCUUGUGCUGACUGUGGCAGCAGUGGGCAUCCAUCAUGUUUGAAAUUCUGUCCUGAGUUAACAACAAACGUGAAGGCCUUAAGAUGGCAGUGUAUUGAAUGCAAGACAUGUAGUGCCUGUAGGAUCCAAGGCAAAAAUGCGGAUAACAUGCUCUUUUGCGACUCCUGUGAUAGAGGGUUCCACAUGGAGUGCUGUGACCCACCACUUUCCCGAAUGCCAAAAGGGAUGUGGAUUUGCCAGGUCUGUAGACCAAAGAAAAAAGGCAGAAAGCUACUUCAUGAGAAAGCUGCCCAAAUAAGGCGACGAUAUGCAAAACCUAUUGGACGACCGAAAAAUAAACUAAAGCAACGAAUGUUGUCUGUAACCAGUGAUGAAGGAUCCAUGAAUGCAUUCACAGGAAGGGGGUCACCUGGUAGGGGUCAAAAGACUAAAGUCUGUACCACACCUUCAUCUGGUCAUGCUGCAUCUGUGAAGGAUUCAAGCAGCAGAUUGCCUGUUACAGACCCCACUCGGCCUGGUGCCACCACCAAAAUCACCACCACCUCCACCUACAUAUCUGCCUCUACACUUAAAGUUAACAAGAAAACCAAAGGGCUCAUUGAUGGCCUUACUAAGUUUUUUACACCAUCACCUGAUGGUCGCAGAUCACGAGGUGAAAUAAUAGACUUUUCAAAGCACUAUCGUCCAAGGAAAAAGGUGUCUCAGAAACAGUCAUGCACUUCUCUUGUGUUGGCUACAGGUACCACACAAAAGCUAAAACCUCCACCUUCUUCACUUCUACCCCCAACCCCCAUCUCUGGUCAGAGCCCCAGUUCACAAAAAUCCAGCACUUCCACUUCUUCUAACUCUCCCCAAAGUUCUUCCAGUCAGUCAAGUGCACCCUCCUUUAGUAGCCUUCCUAAUAACAGUCAGCUAAAGGGACUCUUUGAUGGACUUUCUCAUAUCUAUACCACUCAGGGACAGUCUCGAAAAAAGGGCCACCCAAGCUAUGCACCACCCAAGCGUAUGCGUCGUAAACCAGAAUUAUCUUCCACAUCAAAAUCUAAUAGCCGUUUCUAUGGAAAGAAAGAGGUUAGAAGUAGGUUUAUUUCUCAUUCCUGUACCUCUGGAUGGGGUGUGUCUAGAGGACGUGCUUUUAAAGCAAUUGCUCACCUCAAGCGAACAACCUUCCUUAAAAAGCACAGGAUUCUAGGCAGAUUAAAGUAUAAAGUGACCCCUCAGAUGGGGACCCCCUCACCAGGGAAGGGGAGCUUGGCAGACGGAAGGAUUAAACCUGAUCAGGAUGAUGAUACUGAAAUCAAACUAAGCAUCAAACAAGAAAACGCAGAUGUAUUUCUGGUGGGAAGCAAGGACACUGUUACGCAAGAGGAUUUGGAAGUGUUUAAGCAGGCCCGGGAACUCUCGCUGGAGAAAAUUGGGUGUAAAAACACUGGUGAAACAAGUGGACGAUAUCCUUCAGUGAUUGAGUUUGGAAAAUACGAGAUCCAGACCUGGUACUCUUCGCCUUAUCCACAGGAAUAUGCAAGACUACCAAAGCUUUACCUGUGUGAAUUCUGUCUUAAAUACAUGAAAAGUAAAAACAUUUUGUUAAGGCACUCAAAGAAAUGUGGCUGGUUUCAUCCUCCAGCCAAUGAAAUCUACAGAAGAAAUGACCUUUCAGUAUUUGAGGUUGAUGGAAAUGUGAGCAAAAUUUAUUGUCAGAAUCUUUGUUUGUUAGCUAAGCUCUUUCUGGACCACAAAACCUUGUAUUAUGAUGUUGAACCAUUCCUCUUCUAUGUCCUUACAAAAAAUGAUGAGAAAGGCUGCCAUUUAGUUGGAUAUUUCUCUAAGGAAAAGCUUUGCCAGCAGAAGUACAAUGUCUCCUGCAUAAUGAUCAUGCCCCAAUACCAAAGGCAAGGAUUUGGAAGGUUUCUCAUUGAUUUCAGUUAUUUACUUUCUAGAAGAGAGGGACAAGCAGGAUCCCCUGAAAAGCCACUGUCUGAUCUGGGUCGUCUCUCAUACUUCGCUUACUGGAAAAGUGUUAUAUUAGAAUACCUUAACUGCCACCAUGAAAAACAAAUCAGCAUCAAAGGAAUGAGCCGAGCUACUGGAAUGUGUCCGCACGAUAUUGCCACAACCCUGCAGCAGCAUAGCAUGAUAGAUAAAAGAGAAGAUAGAUUUGUAAUUAUUAGAAGGGAAAAGUUGAUUUCAAAUCACAUGGAGAAGCUGAAAGCAAAUCCACGUGUCAAUGAAGUAGAUCCUGAAAGCUUGAGAUGGACUCCUUUGUUAGUUUCUAAUGCUGCAGUUUCUGAAGAAGAGAGAGAAGCUGAAAAGGAGGCUGAGCGUCUGAUGGAACAAGCUAGCUGCUGGGAAAAAGAAGAGCAAGAAAUAUUCUCUACACGAACUAAUAGUAGGCAAUCACCUGCAAAAGUACAAUCUAAAAAUAAAUAUUUGCGAUCUCCAGAGAGUGUGGCAGUGGUGGGGGAGCGAGGGCAAUCCACAGAGCAAUCUAAAGAAAGCAGCGAGGAGGAUGGUGGGGAUCAGAAUCGGCAAAGUUCGCCUCCCCGGCUGACAAAGCCACAGUCGCUGGCCAUAAAAAGAAAGAGACCUUUCUUACUGAAAAAGAAAAGAGGCCGUAAACGCAGAAGGAUUAAUAGCAGUGUUACAACAGAGACGAUUUCCGAAACAACAGAGGUGUUAAACGAGCCAUUUGAUAACUCCGACGAGUUGGAACCUACCUGUGAAAUGGAUGGGGAAGAUGAUGACUUGAAGCCUGUGAUUAGAAAAGCUUUUGAGUAUCAACCUGGGCAGCAGAAACAUGAGGAGGAGGAGGAAGAGCAGAAUAAGGAGGAGAAAGACAUUCGUUGUUACAGGAGUGAUGAUAACUGUCCAAAUAAUACAGAGGAUGUAGCUGUAUUGGAAGAAAACACUAAAGACAAUCUUGAACAUUUGAAGUGUAAGCAGGGCUGGCCAAAAGGAAUUAAGCGUGGUCCAUCUAAAUGGAGGCAAAACAAAGAAAGAAAACCCGGCUUUAAACUUAAUUUGUACACUCCACCUGAAACUCCUAUGGAGCCUGACUAUCAAGUGCUGGUGGAAGAACAAAAGGAAGUAGCUGAAGACAAACCCUGCCCAGUUCCUGCUGUUGCAGAGGAAGAGAUUAAAGAGCCUGUUGAAGUAUUACAGCCACCAGAGGAUGAGGCAAAAGAGCUAGAACAUGAACCUCUGCAUCCACCCAGGGAACCCUUUGAAAAACAAGAAAAUGUUAUGAUGGGAGCUGGGGAAGAAGAAAGGAACAUAGAAGAUGGUGGAAUCAAUUCAAAGGAUCAGGAGAAAGACAAACCAGAAGAUCUUUUUUUGCAGAAAGAAGAGUCUAGGCAUUUGGAUGAUCCUGAGGAGGAAGAGGAGGAAGAGGAAGAACCCUCUCACAAUGAGGAUCAUGAUGCAGAUGAUGAAGACGAUAGCCACAUGGGUUCCACAGAAGUGGAGAAAGAGGAGUUGCCUGGUGAAGCUUUCAAAGAAAUGCUGGAGACGCAGCAGUCUUUUUUAGACGUAAAUGUUCAAACUGGUAAUUCAAAUCAGGAGGACUUAAUGGAUUGUGGGGUUGACCUUGCAGCUGAUGAGUCUGGAAGCAACCAGAAAGAACUUGCUACAGAUUCAGCCCCGGUGCCUGAAUCUGAUGAUGAUCAUACAGAUAACCAGGACCAAAAAUCUGGUGAAGAAUUACAUUCCAAUUUUAAGGAAGAGAAUACUGAAACCAUGGAGAUUGAUUCAGAGACAGUUCAAGCAGUACAGUCUCUAACCCAAGAAGCGAGUGAACAUGAAGAUGCAUUUCAGGAUUGUGCAGAGACUCAGGAGGCAUGCAGAAGUUUGCAAAAUUAUACCCGUACUGACCAAAGUCCCCAGAUGACCUCGCUGGAUGAUUGCCAACAGUCUGACCACAGUAGCCCAGUUUCGUCUGUGCAUUCUCAUCCCAGUCAGUCAGUUCGUUCUGUUAAUAGUCCAAAUGUUGCUCCGUUAGAGAACAGCUAUGCUCAGAUCAGCCCAGAUCAAAGUGCCAUUUCUGUGCCAUCUCUGCAGAACAUGGAGACCAGCCCAAUGAUGGAUGUUCCUUCUGUUUCUGAUCAUUCACAACAAGUUGUGGACAGUGGGUUUAGUGAUUUAGGGAGCAUUGAGAGCACAACAGAAAACUACGAAAACCCAAGCAGUUACGAUUCUACAAUGGGUAGUAGUAUCUGUGGAAACAACUCUUCACAGAACAGUUGCUCAUACAGUAGCCUUACAUCUAGUAAUCUAACGCAGAGUAGCUGUGCGGUAACGCAACAGAUGUCUAACAUUAAUGGAAGCUGCAGUAUGAUGCAACAAACUAACAUCAAUUCUCCUUCUACCUGUAAUGUAAAAUCUCCCCAAGGUUGUGUUGUUGAAAGGCCUCCAAGCAGCAACCAACAGUUAUCUCAGUGCAGCCUGGCUGCCAAUUUUACACCACCUAUGCAGUUAACAGAAAUUCCCGAGACUGGCAAUGGCAACAUUGGAUUAUAUGAAAGAAUGGGUCAGAGCGAAUUCGGAGCGGGGCAUUACUCACAGCCAUCUGCCACGUUCAGCCUUGCCAAACUGCAACAGUUAACUAACACGCUUAUGGAUCAUUCUUUGCCUUACAGCCAUUCAGCUGCUGUAACUUCCUAUGCAAACAGUGCCUCUUUGUCCACCCCCUUAAGUAAUACAGGGCUUGUUCAGCUUUCUCAGUCUCCACAUGCUGUUCCUGGAGGACCCCAAGCACAGGCUACCAUGACCCCUCCCCCCAACCUUACUCCUCCUCCUAUGAAUUUGCCACCUCCCCUUUUACAGCGUAAUAUGGCUUCGUCAAAUAUUGGCAUGUCCCACACCCAAAGACUGCAGACUCAGAUGGCCAGCAAAGGUCAUGUUUCUGUAAGAACCAAAUCCAUGCCUCUGUCACCUGCUGCAGCAGCCCAUCAGCCACAAAUUUAUGGGCGUGCUUCACAGACUGUGGCUAUGCAAGGGCCUGCACGGACCUUAACGAUGCAGCGUGGUAUGAACAUGAGUGUAAAUUUAAUGCCAGCCCCAGCUUAUAAUGUCAAUUCAGUGAACAUGAAUAUGAAUACCCUUAAUGCUAUGAAUGGAUAUAGUAUGUCCCAGCCCAUGAUGAAUAGUGGAUAUCAUAGUAAUCACGGGUAUAUGAAUCAAACACCCCAGUACCCUAUGCAGAUGCAGAUGGGGAUGAUGGGAACUCAGCCAUAUGCACAGCAACCAAUGCAGACAGCACCCCACAGUAACAUGAUGUACACUCCUCCAGGGCAUCAUGGCUACAUGAAUACAGGCAUGUCUAAACAGUCUCUUAACGGAUCCUACAUGAGAAGGUAGGCCCUCUGGAGAGAUAAACCUACCAAACUGGCAAAUUGGAUCGAUCUGCACAAAUAUCUUUUGGAGAAUAUGAUUUCAAAACCAGCAAUUGGUGUGAAUGCAAAAACAUUUGUUGGCACCAUUUAAAAGCUGUAUGCAGCAGAAAGCCUUAUACAAGUUUUCUUUUUUCUUUUUCUCAUUUCCUGUUUUUCUUUAAAAAACAAAAAAAAAACAAAA